ACAUCCAGUGCAUUGUAACUUAUGUUUGUUUUAAUGGUGUACAAAUAGGAUCUCACGUUAAUGACUGGAAUUUGGAUGCAGCAGAAUUAAGGCCAAUAUUUGCAGCUGCUGAGAAGCAUAAUGUGUCCAUCUUUGUCCACCCCUGGGAUAUGGACUUGAGUGGACGAAUGAAGAAAUAUUGGCUUCCUUGGUUGGUAGGAAUGCCCUCAGAGACUGCCACAGCUAUCUGUUGUAUGCUGAUGGGAGGAGUCUUGGAGGAGUUUCCUAAACUCAAAGUUUGUUUUGCGCAUGGAGGAGGGGCUUUUCCAUUCACAGUGGGUCGUAUAGAACAUGGUUAUAAUGUCCGUCCAGAUCUUUGUGCCACAGACUGCAAAACAAACCCUCGUAAAUUCCUUGGCCAGUUCUACACAGAUGCCCUUGUCCAUGAUGCCAAAGCUCUGGAACUACUUAUUGAUGUUAUAGGCAAGGAUCGAGUUAUAAUGGGAUCAGACUACCCCUUUCCUCUUGGUGAGCACCACCCAGGAAAAUUAAUUGAAUCUUCGGAGUUUGAACAGAGUCUUAAGGAAAAAUUAUUGGUAAACAACGCCUGUGAAUUCUUAGGACUAGAUAAAGCAGUAUUUGGAUAAAGUCGAGGAAAGGAAGAAAUUAUACCCGGUAUUCCCGAUGCAGGUGAAAGUAGUGACAUAAUACCAAUGAUACAAUUUUAUUUCAUGACACAUUCCGUUUUGCAUUCUAUGAAACAAGGUUCGUGUGAAUUACUUCCGAAAUGUUAUAUGUACAUUUUUAUUGUAUACUAGUAAGCAGUAUGUACAUUUGAAUUUAUUCAGUGAAGUUCAGUUUUCAAUUCACAGAAGUUUUAUUUUUGAAUUGUUUAAUGUAUAUUUUAUUUUAUAUGGGUAUA